ACUUGCAUGAUCCUCCUUUAAUGCAUUUUCUUUUUGCGCGACACCUCAUCACGAAGUUCGGGCAGUCGCAACGCCACGUCUUCCGAACCGCGCGAAGAGAAUUUCGCGCAAUGCCAACGCUGUCAUCCAUGGCAACGCCAGCACCUCUGAACUUUCAAGUGGGACCCAUCGUCUGGGUCGACUGCGAAAUGACCGGACUCGACCCAAAGAAAGACAAGCUCCUUGAGAUUGCUGUCCUUAUAACCAAUGGGAAUUUAGAACUCGUGGACGAUGGCCUCGAGUUCGUCAUCAAAGCUGAUAAAUCCGCCUUGGAAAAUAUGGACGAGUGGUGUACAACUCAACACGGUCAAUCAGGCCUGACCCAAGCUUGCCUUGCAUCUCCAUACACUAAGGAUUACGUCUCCAACGCAGUCCUGCAAUACAUCAAAAAAUGGGUACCAGAACAGCGGACCGGAGUCCUUGCAGGAAACUCUGUUCAUGUGGACCGAACGUUUCUGAGCGCAGAAAUGCCUGAGGUUGUCGAUCGGCUUCAUUACCGUAUUAUUGAUGUUUCAUCCAUAAAGGAAUUGUGUCGUAGAUGGUACCCAACCCUCGAGCUUCCGAGGUCUACGUCGGGGGGAAGUCAUAGGGCCCUCGAUGACAUCAGGCACUCGAUCAAGGAGCUUACUUGGUAUCGAGAGAAUAUCUUCCGUAAACCGCUAUCUCCUUGAUUGUUGGGUUGCCUGCUUCAUGUACGUGGGUAUACAGUGACACCCAGUGUGGACCAACAGUGCCGUUUGUAAGACGCACAAUGAAUGCCACGGAGUGUGAUCUGAUUGGUUACCCUGAGCUAUCCCAUUCAUCAAGUAAAG